AUGGAAAAGUUCUCACAGUUUCGUGACAAAGGUUCCGGCAUCGCUCCAUUCCUUCCCAUCCCGACCGAGCCUGCGGGCUUCGCUUUACCCUUGCACAUAUUCCUCUUCGUCUGUCGUGUGCCUCUACUUCUGGUCUUUGCGCUCUCUUACUUCCUCGUUCUACAAUGGAUGCCUAUCGGUAUUUUGGGCAGAAAAGCUUCUCUGUGGUGCAUAUUGGGCAUACCCGGGAUAUGGUGGAUCGAUCUGCAAAUCGACGGGGUGAAGAAAGGGUCUCUUGCACAGAACAAGUCGAGAAUUCCUCAAGAAGGAUCAGUGAUUGCUUCAUCAAGCGCUUCACCCAUUGAUCCGCUGUAUCUGGCCGCCAUCUUCGACCCGGUGUUCGCAGCCGCCUAUCCUUCCUCUCGGCUGGUGGAACCAAUAUCCCUCUUUACAGCCAUCCGCCGGACUUUCUGUCACCCAAAGCUGACACCAUCGCCUGGGGCCAAACUAAUUGACAUUGAAACAAUGCUGAAAAGAAAUCCAGGCCGCGUCGUGGUGGUCUUUCCAGAAUGCACAACAACGAAUGGUAGAGGCAUCCUGCCCAUGAGUCCAAGCCUUCUGGCAACACCUCCACGGACAAGAGUGUUUCCCGUUUCCCUCCGGUACACUCCCGCAGAUGUCACGACACCCAUCCCCCACGCUUACCUGACAUUCCUCUGGAACCUCUGCAGCAAACCGUCCCAUUGUCUCCGAAUCCGCAUUGCCGAGGCUCUAUAUAAUAGCAAAAAGUCCCCAGACCCAGAUAUUGCCGUCGCAGCAAAAGUUUCGUCUUCUUACACUGCUAACUACUUCGACACGUUGGUUUCGUCAGAUGGUGGCGCCAGCAGCGAUGCCGAUACCCUUGUGGGAAGCGGGCUCGAAGACCAAGAGAUGUCCAUCACCAAGGAGGAAAGAGUGUUCUUGGACAAGGUUGCCGAGGCUCUGGCGAGGUUGGGACGUGUCAAGAGAGUGGGACUGGGAGUCAAGGAGAAAGUUGAGUUUAUCGCCAUGUGGACGAGGUCUCGAAAGCGAUGA